AUGGCCAAGUCAGAGCGAGUUGUUAUCAUUGGUGCCGGAGCCUUUGGUCUCGGUACUGCCCUGAGACUGAAGGAAGAGGGAUACACGUCUGUCACGGUUCUUGAUCGAUCUAUGCCACCUGUUCCAGAUGGAUCCAGUAACGAUAUUUCUCGUAUCAUCCGCUUCGACUACGGAGACGCUAUUUAUGCUCGCAUCGCAAAGGAGGCAUUCGAACUCUGGAAGACACCCGAGUACUCGGACGCAUUCUAUCAAACUCCCUGUCUCUGGGUGUGUCAGGAUGGUACACCAGAGCAGCCUGUUCAACCAAAGGCUCAAGAAUAUAGUGAUAAGACAAAGCGUGUUUUGAGUGAAAUGGGCCAAGAAUGGCACGCGGUCAAAAGCGUGGAGGAGGCCAAGGAAAGGUUCCCCAAACUCACCGGUCGUCUUGCAACCCCCGGGUUUGAUGGAUUCUAUAAUGAUUCCGCUGGAUGGGCAGAUGCAGGCAAGGCUAUCAGUCGGUUGGCAUCUCGCUGUAUCUCAGCUGGAGUUUCAUUCAUCACCGGUCCGAACGGCCAGGUCAUUGACUUUGAGAAGGACCAGGAUGGAAACAUCAAAGCCGCCAUGACCGCAGACGGUAACAAAUUUCCUGGAGACAACUUCAUCGUGGCUACUGGUGCUUGGACUGCCAGUUUAGUCCCUGCUUGGAAUUCCAUGCUUGCCGCCGGUCAGCUUGUCGGCUACUUGAAAUUAACCCCGGAAGAGGUCAUUCAACUGAAGGACUUGCCCAUUUAUUUCAACUUUUCAACUGGCUUCUUCUGCUUCCCUCCCCAUGAGGCGACCGGCUACUUGAAGGUUGCUGUUCACGGAUUGGGCUAUACCCGCAACAAUGAGUCCGCGAAUGUAUCCUCGCCACCUACGAAUGCCGUCGCUUCUCGUGCCAACUAUGUCCCUGCAGAAGGGUUGAAAAGAAUGGAAGCUGGUUUGCGAGACCUGUUCCCGCACCUUGCAUCACGAGGAUUCGAGCGAACUGGGAUUUGCUGGUAUAAUGACACGCCCACGGGUGAUUUCAUCUUCGACUUCCAUCCAGACCACGAAAACCUUUUCAUCGCCACCGGUGGCAGUGGACAUGCAUUCAAGUUCCUUCCCGUCAUCGGGAAAUACAUUAGCGCAGCCUUCCAGCGCAACCUGCCAAGCGAGCUACUCAACAAGUGGAGAUUCCCCACGCAAUUUCGCGAAGGUUUCAGGAAUGACGCAUUCGCAGGAGAUGGUAGCCGUGGCGGCCCUGCAAGACGAGAAUUGACUGCCAAUGAGCGAGCGACCUUUGAUUCUGCACUCAAGUUGUCAUCUCGACAAAGCAAAAUUUAA